ACUGAAAAAUCUUCCAACUGGAACGGAAUAAAGCUAACUAAAGCUGUGGAAUCAAUCACAGCACAACUUCGUCUGUACACCAUUCCCCUUUCAACUUCAUUCAUAUUCUCCAUCUUCUUUUAUGUCCUCCAACAAUACCAAUAUUCUUCUUCCUCCUCCUUCAAAGCAAAGUUACCGAGAAAACACCAGAAAUGGGCUGCUUCAGGUGCGGAACCUCCAAAGCUCCCGUGAGAACAUCUUCCUCGUCUGAACCCGCUCUUUCGUCGAACCAAGAACACCCGUACCUGCAGCCACAAGCCAGAGCCCUGAAGCAAGAAGUCCUCCUCACGCUCCCAUCAUGCGCGGUCCACUUGAUGGAAGAAGGGGAGGCCCUGGAGCUCCUUCCCAGCGGCGAAUUCACGCUCCUCCGCAUCUCGGACGACAGCGUCCCGCUCGCUACGAUAGUAAAAGUCGGGGAUGAUCUCCAGUGGCCUCUCACCAAGGACGAGCCGGUGGUGAAGCUGGACUCUCUGCACUACCUGUUCACUUUGCCCGUGAAAGACGGCGACCCUCUGAGCUACGGAGUGACUUUCCCGGAGACGUACGGCGGCGGCUUGGGAUCGCUGGACGCGUUCCUUCAGGAGCAUUCUUGCUUCUCUGCUUCCGCGACUUCAUCUAGGAACAAGCACAUUGAUUGGAAGGAGUUCGCUCCUAAGGUUGAGGACUAUAACAAUGUGUUGUCCAGGGCAAUUGCAGGAGGCACCGGUCAGAUUGUUAAAGGGAUAUUCAAAUGCAGUAAUGCUUACACUAAUCAGGUUCAUCAGGGAGGCGAGAUGAUUAUCACCCGCGCGGAGGAGAAUAGUAACGUCACCCAUCCAGAGUACCGUAGCAACGGAAGUUCGAGCACCAAAAAGAAAAGCGCAAUCAACAGAAGCUUGAAACGCGUGAGGAAGGUGUCCAAGAUGACGGAGAAGAUGAGCAAAACGAUGCUCGAUGGGGUUCAGUUUGCUACUGGCUCAGUGAUGGCGCCGGUGGUUAAGUCCCAAGCUGGGAAGGCAUUCCUGGCAAUGGUUCCUGGAGAGGUCCUUUUGGCUUCACUCGAUGCCGUCAACAAAGUUCUAGAUGCAGCUGAAGCUGCCGAGAAGCAAGCGUUCUCCGCAACCUCCAAAGCAGCCACAAGAAUGGUCAGCCGGAGAUUUGGAGAGAACGCGGGAGAGGCGACAGAAGACGCGCUGGCGACUGCAGGACACUGCGCCAGUGCCGCUUGGAACAUCUUCAAGAUCAGAAAGACCAUCAACCCGGCAUCGUCGGUCUCGUCCGGAGUGCUGAGGAAUGCGGCGAGGGCCAGGAGUGCCAAGUCUUCCUAGCUUCACCAAGUUGUAAUUAGUCAUUGAACAGGUUGACUGGUCCCUGGGUUUGCUGAGGAAGUUGUACUAAUGAACAACGUGACGACAAUCAUUUCCUUUGCUUCC